AUGGAACAACUAGAGCAGAAUCAAGCCGUCCGUGGUGAAGAAGUGACCCAAAGAAAGGGUACUGUGGAGGAAAUUAAGCGAGGAAUGACCCAAAUGCUGAUUUUCAUGGAGGAUUUCAUGGAUAAAGAAGAAAAGGGUAAGGAAACUCAGGAUCAGUCCGAGGAUAUACCAGAUGAUGGCAACCCGCUGUUAGGAUACAUUCCAAGCAUCGAUCCUCACAGAAUGAAUGCCCGCUCUUCCAAGAGAGUCAUCCGAUCCCACGAAGAAGGAGAGACUUCUCAGGAAGGAUUCAUCCCUACGGCACAGAAGGAAGGGGUAUCCCGCACAGUCCGCAUUCCUGCCAACAAUCCUCCUAAGGAGGAUGAUUACUUGGAUCUGCAGUAUGGUGAUGUGGAUAAUACAAACCAGGCACCUCCACACAUGCAAACCUCCCCUAACUCUGGAGAAGAUUCCAAGGAUAGCGGACAAAUUAAGGAACUGGAGGAAAGACUAAAGGCGGUAGAAGGGUACAAUGUCUUUGAUGUGGAUACCUUCGAAAUGAGCUUGGUCCCGGACUUGACUAUCCCCCACAAGUUUAAGUUGGAAAAGUCCUAUAUCCGAAGCUGGAAUGACCUUGCUAAUACAUUCAAAAACAAAUAUAAGUACAACUUGGAUAUGGCGCCCAACCGGCUGCAACUACAAAAUCUAUCACAGAAGAAGGAUGAAGCAUUCAAGGAAUAUGCACAAAGAUGGCGAGAGAUGGCUUCUCGAGUCCAACCUCCCUUGCUGGAGAAAGAACUAGUAGACAUGUUUAUGGGCACCUUUCAAGGACCAUACUACGAUAAGAUGGUCGGAAGCUUAUCUUCAGGAUUCUCGGAUUUGGUGGUUAUUGGUGAAAGGAUUGAAAAUUGGAUUAAGAAUGGAAAUAUACAAGGGGCAUCGUCAGGUUCUUAUCACUCAAAGAGGCCCACCCCAAUCUUCGCAAAGAAGAAGGAAAGGGAGACCAAUGCAGUAGUGCAUCAAGAACCUAGACCUCCUAUGUCAUUUCCACAACAGCAGAACAGGUUUCAAGGCCCUCAAAGGAAAUUUGAUCCUUUGCCUACAUCCAAGAGCAAAGUACUAAGAUACUUGAUAAGCGAGUCAUUGGUAGAGAUCAAACCAUUGGCACCUCCUCCUCCAGGGAAGGUUCUACCCAGAUACAAUGCCAACGAAAGGUGGAAAUACCAUGCUAAUUCCCCUGGACACUUAUUGGAAAAAUGUUUGCCCUUCAGGCCUAAAGUUCAGGAUCUAAUAGAGUCAGGGGCAAUUGCCUUUGGUAAACCCAACGUGAAGAUGAAUCCUAUGCCUCACCAUGAUGGGGCAGUCAAUGCAAUAGAGGUCUACCAAGUAAGAGCUGGUUCAACAUAG